AUGAAAUUGAUUGUGGGUUUUGUGUGUUUGUGCAUUGUCAGUGCCGCAUACGCAUCAGGAAAUUUAUUAAAAGAUCCAUAUAUAUGUGGACCGCCAUCAUGUACAGCUUCCUCGAAAUUCAAAUACCUAUCUCAAACAGUUUAUUAUUAUGAGUACAAAGUUGAAGUGGAAACAUAUUUUGCUGGAUCGAGUAACAAUCGAUCUUCACUGAAUAUAACUGCCGAGGUAAAAGUACAAUUCAUCACCCCAUGCGAAGGGUUGAUGCACUUGCAAAAUAUUACCCUUAGAGAUCAAGAUGAAAACUAUCCGGUGGAAAGAGCGGAGAAUUUUGCACAAGCCGUCUCACAAUAUGAUCUCAGAUUUGCAUUUCAUGAUGGCAUCAUAUCGGAAAUAUGUCCUAACCCUUUGGAAGAGGAUUGGGUCCUCAAUUUCAAGAGAGCUAUAUUGUCCCUCUUUCAAAAUAGCAUGAAGAGGUUUGACAUUGACUUUAAUGGUGUUGAGCAAGACAUCCAUGGUACAUGCAAUGUAGAGUAUGAUGUACGAGGGCAAGAAAAUACAAGCCUUAUUCUAGUGAAAAAAAGAAAUCUGGCACUGUGCACAGACAGAUACAAGUACAUGUCUAUUUUACAAACAGUUCGUUACGAUUUUCAAAGUAAAUUCCAAACGUGGCCAGUACUUAAAUCAGAGAGCAAAUGUCGUAUAACCGUAGAUCACUAUAUAUACAAAACUGUUAACUGCCGCGAGAGACAUCUCUUUGAACCUUUUUCGGGAAGGAAUUCCGGUGCAAUGUCAACGGUUAUUCAAGAUUUAGUCCUGAUCCGUGAGCUCAAUAGGACUGAUAUUGAAAUUAUGGAAACACAGCCUAAAGCAUGGUCAGUUAUACAUAAGCGCUCAAAUAUACUACAUCACCAUACGCCACAUAAUAAGGGUGAAACAGGCGAGUUAAAAUCUGCAAGAGAUGUCCUGAAAUUACUUUGCCUGGUGAAGCAAACGGCAGACAGUGAGCAUACAAGUGUCGACGAAAAUAUGGACAGCGGUUCCAUUGUUGGCCUCUGGGGCCAGCUGGUGAGGUCCGCACGUAAGCUGCACCAUCCAGCACUGGCGCAACUUCUAGCCCGUGCCCCUACUAUAUGCCUGGCUGCUUCAAAACAUAUCCUGGAUGCUUUACCUUACAUAGCGAGUACUGGAUCUGUGGAAUUGAUAAAAGACAAGGUGAUAAAUGAAGAUGUGGAUAAAGAGACACGACAUGAAUGGUUGAUGUCAAUGGCAAUGAUACCAAGGCCAAAAUUGGAAAUGUUGAAAAGCAUGCUGGAGCUACUGCAGAAGCAGAAGAAUGACAAAGUAAUCAGUUUCACCGUUUCUUCCAUGGUGCAUUCAUAUUGUAAACAUAGCGGUAAAUCAUUGCGCGAGUGUUGCGAGGGGGAGACACCGAAACAAAUCAUGGAAGAGUUCCAAGGAAUUGUAAUGGAGGUCAUCGACAAAGGUCUCGGAAAUGCACAGCGCGAAGACAGAGACAAGAUAGUGCACGCGUUAAAAGCUCUGGGUAACAUCGGUGGAUUCAGGCAGGAGUUUGCCGAUGUCCUUAUGGCCCUAAUCGGCGAUGCUUUGGUACCUGUUCACAUUAGGCUGACGGCUAUCGACGCCUUCAGAAGGACUCCAUGCACGGAGACGAGAGAAUACUUCCUGGAGACGUUCCGCGAAGACCUCGUGGAUGUAGAGGUCCGUAUCGCGUCCUACUUACAAGUGAUGCGUUGCCCGGACCUCAGCAUCAUCAGAAGAAUAUUCCACGCGCUGAGGAAUGAGCCAGUCAAUCAAGUCGCCACGUUCGUGUGGAGCCACCUGAACAACCUGGGCCAGUCGUCGCUCCCGUCCCGCGUGGAGAUCCAGGGCCUGCUCUCCGGCAACACCAUGCCCCAGCUCGAGGACAGCCCCGACUUCAGGAUGUUCUCCAGGAACUACGAGCAGAGCAUCUUCUUCGACCAGUACAAUGCCGGUGGAAAUUACGAAGCCAACGUGGUUUUCUCCCCGGACUCCUACAUCCCGAGAUCCGUGUCGCUCAAUUUGACCGUCGACAUGUUUGGUGAAUCCAUCAAUUUGCUAGAGAUAAAGGCCCGAGGCGAGGGCUUCGAGCGUUACUUCGAGGCGUUCUUCGGCAAGGACGCGCCGUUCGACAAGGACGACAUCGCGGACAGAGUGAGCAAGCUGCGCGUGCUCCGCUCCGUCGACGAGGCGGACCGGCUGCGGGGGAAAAUCGACGGGCUGGGCUACGAGAACCGCGCCCUUAAGCACCGUUUUCCCGUGGCCGAGCUCGGCAUCAAGGUGUUCGGCAACGAGAUCGCCUUCUGGAGCGCGGAGGGCCCCGGUGAGAUCAUGCGGUCGCUGGAGCGGCUCAACCCCAAGCUGAGGGUGCUGGAGAUACUGUCCGGCAAGGAAAUAAAAUACAACAAGGCGUCGCUGUUCCUCGACACUACUUUCUCCGUGCCCACUGGGUGCGGUCUACCUCUGAAUAUGAACCUGAUGGGCACCAGUUACGUAGACACCAAGAUGUCUGGAACCGUCGUGGACAAAUACGAGCAGUCGGGCAAUCUGGACUUCAAUGGCAUGAUCAGGCCUAGCGUGGCGGUGAACGUGGCGGCGACGAUGGGCGUGGUGGCGGGCGCGCUCAGCUCGAGCGCGGUGCGCCUGAGCGCGCGCCUCUACACGGCCACGGCGCUCGAGGCGGCGCUGAGCGAAAUCUUCGCCGCCAAGUCCGAGCUGAUCAUACUCCACGGCGACGAGGAGCUGCAGCAGCAAGGCCUGAACCAGAACAGGAUCGAGAGGAGCAUAUGCAGUUGGACCACCUUCGACAAGGCAAUCGGCAUCAAAGUGUGCGCUGCCUACCAGUUCCCCAACAUGACGAACAUCAACAACGCGCCGUACUUCAUAAUGAGCGGUCCCGCCAAGUACAUCCUAUCGCUCGAGAAGGCCGACCCAUCGGCCAAGACCUACACGUUCCAGUACAAGUGGGACAGAAACUCCACCACCGACGUGAUUGGCUUCUCGUUCGACACGCCAAAUAGUAAGGAGAAGCGGAUGAUAGACGCGUCGCUGGUGACGUCGAACACGUCGACGUCCGCGUCGCUGACGCUGCAGUCCGCUCGUAGCACGCUCAGGGCCAGGGCGCUGUACCGCAACCAGCCGCACGACAAGAGCCUCGAGGCGGCCCUGGACGUGGACGGCCGCAAGCAGUUCGACACCGUCAUGUCCUUGAAGCGGCACGAGAUCAAGCACGGCCACGUGUGGCUGCCGCACGCGUACUGGGUCGUCAACAACGAGACCAUAGCCGAGCUCUCCGGAAGCGUCAAAGUAAAGACCAAAGGUGGGGUCACGCAGUGGGACAUAAGCACGGACUUCCAAACGAGGCAGCUCGCGAGCAGACUCAUUGGAUAUUACACCUUAAACGGACCGACGCACGGUGCAAAAUUGCAACUCGACUACCAGUUCUACAGGAACCCGAAGCAGACCAUCCGAUUGGAGGGCUUGUACAGCGAGAGAGGGCUCGGAUUCAGGCACGAUUUGUACGGAGACUUGUCUAUGGAGUUCACCGCUUAUCCCGGUUACAAUUUCUACUCCGUACUCAGGAAUGUGAAAACGCAGACGCACAUCGACAUCGGGUUCAACGUGAGCGCGUCGAGACAGCAGAAGUCUGACCCCGCCUUCACAUUCGCCUUCAGGCGCAUCGACAAGCUGAACGGGCUGCGGGUCGGCACCGAGCUGGCCAUGACCCGCGCCCCAAGGCCGCUGCUCUUCAAGUUCAACUUCGAGGAGGUCGGGCCGAAGUACUCGGUGCUGGCGGUGCUGAACUUCAACCCUCGGUCGCGCGAGAUCGUGGUGUCGGGCUACCUGUUCGCGCCGCCCGGCUCGCAGCUGUACGUGGACGCGGAGGCGAACGUCACGCUGCCCACGCUGCACCCGUGCGCCCUCAAGGCCAAGCUGCACGAGAAGCGGACCGACGAGUUCCAGCUGAACGCGGUCGGUGUGUGGUUCACUGGCGUCGACUUCAACGUGGACGCGCUGUACCAGGACCAGUCGAAGACCAACCUGGCCUCGCACCGCCUCAAGGUGAUCCUGAACAGCAGCCACUUCAAGGACGUCUCCGUGGACGCGCGCUUCACCCAGGACAACCGGCAGAUCACCUUCAUCGGCCAGGGCGAGUACGACUCGGGCAGCUACCGGGCGCUGGUGCGCCACGUGGUGGUCACCGAGCACAAGUUCACCACGUACGCCGAGCUGGACGUAGACCAGCGCGCCUACAGCCUCAACCUCAACGCGGACCUCGCCAACAAUACGGACCUCAACCUCCACCUUCACCUGGACCAGCUGCGCGACGUGCAGAUCUCGUACCAGCGCUGGAGCGGCGAGCCGCAGAGGCGGCUGAGCGCGGCCAUCAACUGGGACGCGAAUCGGGACCCCUCGCAGAAGCUGAGCGUGGACGUGCAGCUGGACAAUAAGGGCCGCUGGCACAGGGCCGGACACCUCACGCUCUACUACCCCGGCAGGGUGGUCAACGGGGAGUUCGAGUUCCUGCUCAAAGACUGGUUCUGCGAGUGGCGCGUGCGCAUGGGCUGGGCGAGCGACGCGACCGUGCUGUGGCGCGUCAAGAUGUACUCGGAGGCGCGCGGGCAGACGGUCUACGCGCUGCUCUCCAGCCUCGACACGCCCUUCGCCGGCUGGAGGGACACCAGCUUCAACCUCAUGUGGCGCUACCAGGACAACCUGCAAGCGCUCAACGGCAGCAUGAACUGGCAGGAGGACUACCUGGCCUUCAGCCUGCUGGCCGACUACCUCUUCAAGACGAACGAGUUCUACGGCGAGGUCAACGCCCUGGUCAACUCCACCAUACCGACGCUGCCCAAAGCGGCCGCGAUCGCCAAGCACCGCGCGGUCUGGAAGAGGAGCGCCGACACGCUGCUCAGCUUUCAGUACAACGAAGACGGUAUGCUGAUGAUAAACUCGUCAUGGACUCUGGACAGGGGGCAGAUGGAAAAUAAUAUCACGGGCAAAGUCACCCUCGUGACACCAUUCCAGGGCUACACGAACGGGCUUCUUAACACGCACUUUAUAUUGGGACACAAACGCGACGUGAAAGGCGUCACUUAUCUGGAACUAGAGGAGAAAGUUGUCAAGAUUUACGUCGAUGGCCACAUGCGGCGCAUCACCAACUGCAUGCUGGUGGUGAACGUGACCAGCCCCGCGGGCGAGCUGUCUCGUAUGUCGGCGCGCUUCGGCUUCGUGGAGAAGGAGCGCCACCUGGUGGCGAUGGUCGUCACGCCCAACUCGACCACCGGUAUCGAGUUGCUGUUAAAGCUCGUCUCGAUGCAAGAGUUCCACGUGUUCGGUCACGUCGCUCUGCCCGUGCAGUACCUCAAUAGGGUCAUGCUAACGGCUAAGAGGGCGACAAAGGAAGUGGACUUCCGCGUGGGCUGGGCCGACAUGGACCUGGGCUUCACGGGCAUCUGGCACUGGCGCUCGCCGCUGCACUUCGUGUACGUGUACAAGCUGUACACGCCGCUGGACGGCUUCGAGGAGAACGGGCUGGUGCUCAAGAACGUGCUGGCCCACGGGCUCGACACCGAGCUGUCCCUGCGGCUGUCCAAGCACAAGGUCGGCAUAGCAAUCCUCCUAGUGGACAACGGCAAGGGCCUGUUGGACGUGGUGAAAGACCGCAUCGAACACAAGCCGAGCGACCCGGACAUGUUCGUUGAGAACUUCGACACCACCGCCAGCGUGGUGCUGGACACGCUGUACUACCCCACCAUCAGCUUCCAUUCUCACAUGCUGAAGUUCGUCGGGCCCGACGAGGAGGAUAUUCUGGAGGCGAACGCAACCCUCCACCUGCCCGACAAACCGCCGAUCGUUUUAACCGACGUCUUCGUGAUGGAGGACUACACGCUGAUGCGGAACACGUUGAAUUUGGUGACGCCGUUCCAAGCGAUCAAGGAGUUGAAGUCAGUAUACACGGUGGACAUCAUCUUCGGCGAGAAAUUCAACGUGACCUGCGUCGCUUUGCUCUAUAACGGAACUUACUGGCACGAGAUCUCGUACAAGGCGCUGUACGAGUUCGAGCGCGGCGCGGACGAGGCGUACCGGUCGUACGCGGCGUCGGUGGGCGUGGCCACGCCGCUGGCGGUGCUGCCCGGCCUCGAGGCGCGCGUCACCGCCCGGCUGGAGGACGCGCUCUGGAAGAUGGCCGCCGACAUCGCCAUGCCCUCCUUCACCGUCACCGCCGUGGCGAGGCUCGAGCUCGACGACCCGUUUGUGGAGACGUCGGGAAGUCUGAACCUGACCUCUGCAUACUUGGAGGAUUAUUUCAUAAAGAUGGAGUUCAAAAAGGACUUUUCCGACGUGGAGAGCCUGGUUGGAGGCGGCAUUCAGAUCCAGCAAGGGGACCAAAACAACUACGCGUUCGCCGAGGCAGUGUGGCGGCUGGAGCCGCCGCGGCAGGUGCGCUUCAAGGCGCGCGCGGCGCUGGCGCCCGCCCUCGCGCCCGCCGCGCUCGCGCUGCACUACGGCGAGGAGGGCGCCCAGAGCGCGCUCGCGCUCGACCUCGACGCCGACGGCGGGCUCUACUCGCUCAAGGCGGACCGGCGGCCCGCCUCGCUCAGCGUCGCGCUCGGCACGCCGCACAACGGGUUCAGGGCGAUGAAGCUUAUAACGGAGUUUGACAAAGACGACAUAAGGGGCUCCAUCGUCACGGACGCCACGGAGUACAGCAUUUCGGGGAAGGUCACCAACAGACAGCCGCUUGAGGUGUCCCUCGUACUGGUGCCCAAGCGUCAAGGUCAACAAAUACAAGUGCGAAUGAAGCUAGACUCUACGCCCAACGUGUACGCCCUAACCGCGCACGUCAUAGGGCCCAUAGAGGCGACCGUCAAUGCGAAAGCGGAAAUACGAGAUAAUUUCACCGAUAUAUACUUCAAAGUGGACAUGCCCCAUGUGAAGAGCAAGGAGAUAUUCUUCAAGUCCCGCGUGGACUCUUUCCCGGGGCUGAGGAAGGUGAUGAGCGUGCAGGCAUCCACGCCGCUGCAGAAGCUGCGCUUCCUCAAAGGCGACACCGAUUUCCUCUUCGGACCGAAAACCGGAUAUCUGCUGUGCAAGUACGAAUUGCCCGACAUGAAGGGAGACGGCGACCUCAAGUGGAGCUUCCUGCUCGGAGAUUUGUAUAUAAGGGCGCUUGGUCACCAGUUGGUUAAGCAGCUACAGAGGAGCGUCGAUCUGGACAUAUUCUUCGGGAACAGCACUUCUCCCGAUGGCCUCGAGAAAACCAACGCGGGCUUCAGCAUGGACCUGGACAGAGUGUGGCAGAUCGGCGGGAACGCUUCGUUCGGCUACGUGCUGGAGAAGCGGCUGAACCUGGUGGUGAAUGCGAUCCUGCCCAAGCCCAACGUGGACGUGCACACGCUAUAUCUGGACUGCGACAUGGGCUCAAAGGAGAGUCCCGAGAAGGCCGUCGAGGCGCAGUAUGCGACGGACGUCACGAAGAUCGUCACUGCGGUAAAGGGGAAGAUGCUGUACCUGGACGAGAGCCUGGACUCGAGCGCGCGGCUGACUUGGACCUCCGGCGCGGAGUACAGGAGCGUGGACAAGCUGCUCUCCUACAAGUGGGACGUGAACGGGUCCAAGCACGUGGACUACUCGCUCACCACGCCGCUCUACUUCAAGCAGCCGACCCUCACCGUAAAGGGCUCCUACCAGCAGGACAUGGUGCACGGCCACCAGAUACUCAAGGGUACAAUGCACCGUCCAGGCAGCAGCCAGAUCGGCGAGUUGGACCUCCGCUACGGCGGCAUGAAGCACACGGACGGACAUUUCAACUUCAGCACGCCCUUCCAAAGGCUGCCUUGGCUGAAGUCCAUUUUCAAUAUCAACAACUGUGAGGAGCGCUCCGACAACAGAGUGGACCUGUUCUGGCCGAACAAGACCGCCUCCGUCAACACCACGCACGUGUUCGCCAAGCUGGAGCGGGGCUUCGCCCAGAUAGGCGGCGUGUCUCUGUCGAUCCCGCUGAACAGCCAGCACCUGGUCGGCACGGAGUACUACUACGCGCAGCAGGGGGGGGCGAGCGGGGGCAACGCCACGGUGGACUUCGACGGCGUGCGCUUCGCGAAGGGCUCCUUCGUGCAGACGCUGGGCAGGAGCCAGAGGGGUCUGGACCUCGCUACGACGGACAUAGAGGUGGAGAACGCGCACACGCCGCUCGGCGUGAGGUACAUGCACGAGUACGACGGCGCCGGCAACGUGGACGUGAAACAAGCCACCGUGUUCCACCUGCAAAACGCGACCAAGUUCAACGUGACGGGCAAGCUGGACGUGCUCAACUACGAGACCGGCAAGAAGCUCAAGCUGACCGCCAUCCACGGCAACCGGACCUGGUCCUUCGAGAACAAGUACGAGGCCUUCGAUCGGCAGCUGACCCAGGGCAGCAAGGUGCAAUGGGCCGAGGACGUUUGGAUCAACUACGAUGUCCACGUCACCAAUAUGAGCGUGGAGGAGACGGAGUCGCAGCGCGUGGUGGUGAACGUGCAAUACCCGCUGAGGAAGUUCGCGCUCGAGGCGCUCUACCGGCUGCAGGACGCCUUGUUGGAGGGGCACGCGCGCCUGCACUGGGACGUGCGCGAGCAGAACAAGAGCGCCCUGCUCACGGGCCGCUGGACCGGGCCCCCCUCGCCCACCCCCGCCCCCGCCACCGCCACCGCUCCCGCAAACACCCCCGCUCCCGCCGGCGCCCUGCACAACGUGCUGCUCACCCUGUCGCACCCCUCCUUCAGAAAGGACGUAACCCUCAAGGGCCAGUACCUCACCACGCCGGCGGUGAUGUCGAACGUCUCCAUAGAGCUGCAGUACUCGGACUACGAGACGGAGUACCUGAAGUUGCACUCGAUCCUCAUGGACAACUCGAACGGGCCGACGCGCGACUACAAGUUCGCCCUCACGUGCACCCACCCCUCCACCAACCUCGCGCUGGACAUGAGGAGCGACCUGAACGUCCACAGCAGGUGGUACUACCUGGACACCUUCUACAGGUUCCAGAAGUCGCUGUUCUACGAGAAGCUGCGCAGCAACAGGGUGCUGGUCGACUUGAGCAACAGCGCCGUCAACUGGGAGCGCGCCAACGAGACUUACUUCUACAAGGUGAACGGCUCUUGGGAGCUGGCGUACCCUUCGUACAAAUUGAGGGGUGUGGUGUUUCACCCCAACGGCAACGACACCGCGUUCGCGGAGCUCUCCAUGGUCGAUAGGUCCUUGAUAGCCCACUACAACAGUACAGAUGACAUCUCGUACCACCUGAUCGGGAAGAUAGUGGACGCGCGCUCGGCGGAGAUGAACGCGUGGCGGGACUUCGACGACGUGACCACCGUCGACCUGGCCUCCUACAUCCGGCUGAACCACUCGCGGCUGCUCACCAGCUCGGUGGUGUGGCGGCCCCAGGUGUUCGGCGAGGCGAGGUCGCGGGCGGUGGCCCUCUUGAAGCUGCUCUACGCCCAGGUCAACGAGACCCUGGUGCUGGUGAAGGAGGCCCCCAUGGAGGCGCACCAGGCGCUCAGGGCCAUCUGGGUGGACGCGAAGCCGCGCAUCCGCGAGUUCCUCGACGACCUCAACGACCUCCACGUGAUAAAGGACGACCUGGACGAGUUCGAGAGGUUCCUCAACGAGUCGUACGAGCACAACGACUUCUACGUGCGCGACGUGGUCGAGUUCACGUACUACGUGCUCGACGAGAUGGCGAUACGCAACCACCUCGAGGGGCUGCCCGGUUUCGUGAACGACGUGUGGGGCAUGAUGGGCAACACGAGCAGCUCUAUCAAGCAGAGCCUCACGUACGUGGUGGAGUCGGUGAAGACCGCCUACUCGAACUUUCUAGAGUCCGUGAGCAGGGUCCUAGAGGCGGACCUGAUGGAGCUCGUCUCGGACAAGCUCGAGACGAUGAUAAUGCAGUACGACAACUUCGUUCGCGACCUCCACAUGCGUCUGCUCCAGUACUGGGAGGAGACGUGGGUGAACGCGACCACCAGGCUGUCGGAGUACUGGCGCGAGCUGCUCAGGUCCAUCGAGCCGCUGUUCUUCAAGAUGCUCCACUACACGGAGUCGUUCGUGUUCACCGUGUGGAAGGGCGCCAUGGACUUCUUCUACAACAGGACCCAGGAGCUCACCGACUCGCCGUACUUCAACUACGUGUCGACCUUCGGCCACGAGAUGGAUCGCCUGUACAAGGACCUCGUCAACAACGAUCUGAUAACAAACGUAAAGAAGUACUCGAAGAAGCUGUGGAGCGUGAUGUGGGAGAAGGUUGAGAGGUACAUUCCGUUCAAGGACGAGAUCAGGCAGCUCUACUCCGAGUUCAAGAGCGCAUGGGAGAACUUCCUGAAGACUCCGCAAGUGGUAUACGUGAGGGAAAAGUACAACGAGGCGUACGAGCGUCUGAAAUGGUGGUACGACUACUUCAUGAUCGGCGAGGCGGCGCACAAGGUAUGGGGCAUAUUGUACGCGAAGCUGACGGACAUGGCGAAGACCGCGCUGCAGUACGAGGAGAUCCACCGGACGCCGAAGACCAAGUUCGUGUUCGACCCUCGCGCCGGCAUGGUCCGUCUGGAGCAGAAGCUGCCCAUGUCCUGGCACGCGUUCAACCGCACCCCCGACCUGGCGGAGGUGGCCGAAUACCGCGCCGUGCGGGACUUCGUCGACGACUGGCUCACCUCGAACAGGAGCAUCUGGUCCUACUACUACGAGAUCAGGCCCUACAUGGACCUGAACAACGUCGUCCCGCCAUUCGCCGGGCUCACCUCGAAUAGGAGCAUCUGUUCCUACUACUACGAGAACAGGCCCUACGUGGACCUCAACAACGUCGUCCCGCCAUUCGCCGGGAUGGCGAUGAUGACCGCCCAAGGCACGCUAGUGACCUUCGACAAGGAGGUGUUCACGAUAUCGGAGAGUGGCACCUUCCUCCUGACGAAGGAGUACCGGCAGAACAACUUCACAGUGCUGAUGGAGAGCAACGACCAGGGCCAAUACGACCUGGUCAUUCUGACCAAGAGGAGUCUGAUAUACAUCGACUUGUACAAAGAGCAAGUGUCCCUGGGUCGCUCCACGGCGCUCAGCCUGCCCGCCGCCAUCGAGGAGUUGGUCGUGGACAGGCAGAGUGACGUCAUCACCGUGGAGGGCCGCAGCGGCCUCGAGGUCCAGUGCAACGUCCUCUUCAGGACCUGCAAGCUCCAGGUCUCCGGCUGGCAUUACGCCGCGUUGGGCGGGCUGCUCGGCACGUACAACAACGAGCAGUACGACGAGCGGCAGCUGCCCGGGGGACUUCUGGGCGCCGACGUGACGUCACUGGGGCGGGGCUGGCGGCUGAGGGGGGAGGGGGAGGGGCCGCGACAGGCCACGCCCACCAAGAGUGGGGACCAGACGCAGUGCGACAAGUUCUUCGCCAACAAAGUGUCGCCGCUGCACCCGUGCUUCUCUGUUAUCGACGCGCGCCCAUUCCGCGCCGAGUGCUCGGCCGGGGCGGACGCGUGCGCGCUCGCCAACGCGUACCUGGAGCUGUGCGCGCAGCAGCACGUGCCCACGCACAUUCCCGACCACUGCGUGCAAUGCACUACGCCCCAGGGCGAGCUGGUGGACGAGGGCUCGUUCGUGCAGCUCCUGGAGCCGCCCAACUCCACGGACGUGGUGUUCCUGGUGGAGGCGCACGAGUGCAACAGGAACCUGCGCAGGGCGAAGAACAUCGAGCUGUUCGUAGAGGCGUUGGACAGCAAGUUGCAGGGCGACGGAUUCUCGGACAACAGAUACGCCGUGGUGGUGUACGGCGGGCGCGGCGUGUUCCGCUCCCCGCGCGCCCUCUACGUGGACAACGAGCUGUUCGCUGACGCGGUCGACGUGCCGCGGCACUUCGACGCAUUCCGCAUAGACAAAGCGGAGGGUAAGGAGGGGGCUGCGCCGAAAGCGGACGCGUUCGCCGCUUUGAGGUUCGCGAGUUCGUUGCCCCUUCGAGCCGCUGCGCCCAGGGCCUUCGUGCUGAUGCCCUGCGCGCGCUGCAACGCCGCCGCCAUGACGCUGGACUACUCCACGAUAUACCACAACCUGAUGGAGAACUCUGUGACCCUUCACAUUCUGAUGAACGACGAGUUCACGCUUUCGAAGAAGCGUGUCGCUAAAUAUCUGUUUGGUGUGGACAGCACUUUGGCGUACACGAACAAGGACUACGAGAGGCUCGUGGGUGACGCCGGGCUGAGGAAGCAGGUGAAGCUGCCCAAAGACAAACUGGGCAUCUGCAAUUCCCUGGCCUUGGAGACUAACGGCACCGUGUGGGCGGGCGCGAAGCUGUCCGGGGAACGGGCCGCCGCGCGCCGCUUCGCCACGGUGGCGGGCGCGCGCGUGGCCCGCGCCGGCCGCGCCUGUGCGAGAGCGCGCUGCGAGUGCCGCGCCGCGCGCCUCCACUGCCGCCCCUGCCGCGACGACAGGGACCCGUUGGAGCUUUCGUUCUGGAACUCUGAUGAUAUCGACGAGCUGAUAGACAUGGCGAUGGACCCCCCGAACCUUCCCUCGUUCAGA